CCAAAGGCCAUCAAUUCCCUUGCGAUACUUUCUUCUUCUCUCUGGGACACUCCUCCGAAGCCGAAGGGGAGAAGAAGCAAACCCUCAUCAUCGCCGAUGGAUCCGAGCACCGCCGCCGGCGUCGGAAGCGGAGGCGUCGUUGUCGGCUAUGCAGACUCCGUGGAUUCUUCGCCUCGCUCCCGCGGCGGUGAGUCCUGGGACGAACCCUUCCCCUCCUCUUCUCCGGCACCCAAGCUUCGCCUCAUGUGCAGCUAUGGCGGCCAUAUAGUCCCCCGGCCCACCGACAAAUCUCUCUGCUACCUUGGUGGUGAGACGCGCAUCGUCGUCGUCGAUCGCCACUCCACCCUCUCCGAUCUCUGUGCUCGCCUCUCUCGGUCCCUUCUCGGCAACCGCCCCUUCACCCUCAAGUACCAGCUCCCCAACGAGGACCUUGAUUCCCUCAUCUCGGUCACCACUGAUGAAGAUCUCGAUAACAUGAUCGAAGAGUACGAUCGCCUCCUCCACUCCAACCCUAAUCCCUCCCGAUCCUCUCGAAUCCGCCUCUUCUUGUUCCCCUCGAAGCCGGACUCCGCUCCGUCCUCCAUCGGUUCCCUUCUCGAUGAUUCCAAGUCGGAGACGUGGUUCGUCGACGCGCUGAACAACGCGAUCGGUGUCGGCGGCGGCGGCCUUCCCCGUGGUCUCUCCGCGGAUUCCGCCUCUGUGAACUGUCUACUCGGCUUGGAGGACGAUUCCUCCACCCAUUCUCGUGCCGGCGGCGCUCCUCCGCCGGACCCUGACCAUCUCGUGCUUCAUCGGCCGGAUUCGUCAGGGCGACUUCCCUCUGUCCCUGAUUCCCCUAUGCUCGAGACCACCUCCUCCUUCGGAUCCGCAUCUUCGGCCCCUUCCCUCUCCAACCUCCCUCCGAUCCGCGUCCGGCCUGAAGAUCGACCUCCAGAUCCACGCAUGGGCGGCCUCGAAGAUCACUUCUCGCAGAUGAAUAUCUCCAACGCCCCUCCACAACAGCCACCGCCGCCUCAGCCGUCCUUUCCAUUACCUUCAACCAUAGUCUCGCCUCCCACCAUCUCUCCCACCGAAAACCCUAACCGGGUUUUCUCAGACGACGAACGAUCCGAGAAGUCGGAUCACGGCGGCGUCCGCAGAGCACCGCCACAAGUUCAUCAACAUCCUCAAGCGCAGCAGACCUCAAUCCCGGAGUCCAUGCCCAGAACUAUGUAUGCUGCGAAUCCGGUCGCAGAAGCCAAGCGCGAGAUGCCAUUCUCCGAUCAGAGCUACCGAAUCCCACCGCCACAACAACAACAGCAACAACAACAACAACAACUACCGCCGCAGCAAAUCCAAGCCACGGAUCAAAGCUACAUGAUGCCAUCGUUAACGACAGAUCAUCCUCAGCAGUUCAUCACCACCGGCAAUCCUCAUUACCUCCACCACCCGGCCACCGGAACCGCAGUCCCCAUCCAAUCGUACUACCAUCUCCCCCCUUCUCUCCAACAAUCCCAGCAACCUCACCACUUCGAUCCCCAAAUCUCCAUGUAUCAGUACUACGUCCCCGUCCGCCCAAACCCCGGUCCACCCCUCACCAAUCCUCAAAUCCAGGCCGCCAGACCAAUCCCCUCUGCCACCGCUGCUGCUACCCGAGCUCCCAUGGUCCCCGCCGGUAUGGGUUACCACAUGGUUCCUCAACAAGCUCCAGCGAUGCCCAACUACGCCGCCUACGACCCGUCCAUGUACUACACUCCGACAUCAGCGCCACCACCCCAAAUGCUUCAAGCUCAGUACCAGGCAGUGUCACUCGCCGAGGCACAGUCCCCGCCGGCCGACUCAAGGCCAACCAGAGCCUCCUGAUCGCCGCCGCCUCCGCCUCCGCCGCCGCCGCCGCCAUGUAAGUGAUUAACAGAGGAGAUUUUGUUUUUUAAUUGAGUGGUUAGUGUGUGAUAAGAAAAAAAAAAAAACUUAAUAAUUAUAUAUGUGUUGGUCUUUGUUUAAAUAAGGGAAAGCUGGGUCUUUUGUGUCUCUCUCUCUAUCUCUAUAUACCUCCUUUUCUUUCUCAAUCUUCUUUCUUGUUUUGCUUCUUCUUUGUAUCUAUAUCUCUAUCAAAAGCUGAUCUCCUCUGUUUCUUGUUAUUGAUGGUGUUGUUGUUGUUAUAUUGAUAAUAGUUGAAUAAAUUUAUACAUUAGAGUUUGAAUGAGAA